AUGGCUCCUGCUGGCAAAACUUUGAAAACUCGGCCUAAGACUGCCGCCGACAAGCACCGCGCCGUCAAACGCGCCCCCAAGCGUGCACCUACGCGUGCUGCUGCCUCCGAACCCCCUCGCCGUACCGACAUGAUCCUCGCAAUGAAUGACCCUUACAUGCAACAUAUCAUCGACGGCACCAAGACAUACGAGUUCCGCAAGUACAACAUGGCCGGCAUCCAGCGCAUCUGGUUCUACCGCACCGCUCCCCACUCCGCCAUCACACACAUCUGCCCCGUCAACGAAGCCGUCACGAGAAACCCCGGUGACCAGCCCCUGCCUGAAGAUGGGCUUGGAAACAAGGAAUACAACCAGAAAGACCCAGAUUACGAGGGCUACGAUUACGCAUAUCGCAUCAACGCAGUGUAUGAGAUUAACGCUGAGGGAGGACAAGGCAUCACUUGGGCCAUGAUGCGGGAUGUGCACGGAAUGAAGAUUGCACCACGAGGAAGAGUCCGGGUGCCCGAAUCAAUGAUUGCGCAGCAUAGCUUGGAGGGUCAGAAUAAGGUUUUGUAG